AUGUGGGUAACCCCAGGGUUGGGGAGGCCCCCGUUGCAGUCCUGGGGAGGCCUGGGUGCUGAGGAGGCCUGUCCGUCCCGCAGGAUGGCCGAGGAGUUCAUCACCCCCGUGUACUGCACCGGGGUGUCGGCCCAAGUGCAGAAGCAGCGGGCCAAGGAGCUGGGCCUGGGCCGCCAUGAAAACGCCAUCAAGUACCUGGGCCAGGACUAUGAGCAGCUGCGGGCCCGGUGCCUGCAGAGCGGGGCCCUCUUCCGCGACGACGCCUUCCCCCCGGUGACCCAGAGCCUGGGCUACAAGGACCUGGGCCCCAACUCCUCCAAAACCUACGGGAUCAAGUGGAAGCGCCCCACGGAGCUGCUCUCAAACCCCCAGUUCAUUGUGGACGGAGCCACCCGCACGGACAUCUGCCAGGGAGCCCUGGGGGACUGUUGGCUCCUGGCUGCCAUCGCCUCUCUCACCCUCAACGACACCCUCCUGCACCGAGUGGUUCCGCACGGCCAGAGCUUCCAGGACGGCUACGCCGGCAUCUUCCAUUUCCAGCUGUGGCAGUUCGGGGAGUGGGUGGACGUGGUCGUGGAUGACCUGCUGCCCACCAAGGACGGGAAGCUGGUGUUCGUGCACUCGGCCCAAGGCAACGAGUUCUGGAGCGCCCUGCUCGAGAAGGCCUACGCCAAGGUGAACGGCAGCUACGAAGCCCUGUCGGGGGGCAGCACCUCCGAGGGCUUUGAGGACUUCACCGGCGGCGUCACCGAGUGGUAUGAGCUGCGCAAGGCGCCCGGCGACCUCUACCAAAUCAUCAUCAAGGCCCUGGAGCGGGGCUCCCUGCUGGGCUGCUCCAUCGAUAUCUCCAGCGUCCUGGACAUGGAGGCCGUCACCUUCAAGAAGCUGGUGAAGGGCCACGCCUACUCCGUGACUGGGGCCAAGCAGGUGAACUACAUGGGCCAGAUGGUGAACCUGAUCCGGAUGCGGAACCCGUGGGGCGAGGUGGAGUGGACUGGAGCUUGGAGUGACGGCUCCUCAGAGUGGAACAACGUGGACCCUUACGAGCGGGAGCAGCUCCGCAUCAAGAUGGAGGACGGGGAGUUCUGGAUGUCAUUCCGAGACUUCAUGCGCGAGUUCACCCGCCUGGAGAUCUGCAACCUGACCCCCGACGCCCUGAAGAGCCGGCGGUUCCGCAAGUGGAACACCACCCUCUACGACGGCACCUGGCGGCGGGGGAGCACCGCGGGCGGCUGCCGGAACUACCCAGCCACCUUCUGGGUGAACCCCCAGUUCAAGAUCCGGCUGGAGGAGACGGACGACGUGAAUGAGGACGACUACGGGGGUCGAGAGUCGGGCUGCAGCUUCGUCCUGGCGCUCAUGCAGAAGCACCGCCGCCGGGAGCGCCGCUUCGGCCGCGACAUGGAGACCAUUGGCUUCGCAGUGUACGAGGUUCCUCCGGAGCUGGUGGGCCAGCCGGCCGUGCACCUGAAGCGUGACUUCUUCCUGGCCAACUCGUCUCGGGCCCGAUCGGAGCAGUUCAUCAACCUGCGGGAGGUCAGCACCCGCUUCCGCCUGCCGCCCGGGGAGUACGUGGUGGUGCCCUCCACCUUCGAGCCCAACAAGGAGGGCGACUUUGUGCUGCGCUUCUUUUCGGAGAAGAGCGCCGGGACCGAGGAGCUGGACGACCAGGUCCAGGCCAAUCUUCCUGACGAGCAAGUGCUCUCAGAAGGGGAGAUUGAUGAGAGCUUCAAGACCCUCUUCAGACAGCUGGCAGGGGAGGACCUGGAGAUCAGCGUCAAGGAGCUGCAGACCAUCCUCAACAGGAUCAUCAGCAAACACAAAGACCUGCGGACCAAGGGCUUCAGCCUGGAGUCCUGCCGCAGCAUGGUCAACCUCAUGGACCGGGACGGCAAUGGGAAGCUGGGCCUAGUGGAGUUCAACAUCCUGUGGAACCGCAUCCGGAAUUACCUGUCCAUCUUCCGGAAGUUUGACUUGGACAAGUCGGGCAGCAUGAGCGCCUACGAGAUGCGGAUGGCCAUCGAGUCUGCAGGCUUCAAGCUCAACAAGAAGCUGUACGAGCUCAUUAUCACCCGCUACUCCGAGCCUGACCUGGCCGUGGACUUUGACAACUUCGUGUGCUGCCUGGUGCGACUGGAGACCAUGUUCCGGUUUUUCAAAACUCUGGACACAGAUCUGGAUGGAGUCGUGACCUUCGACCUGUUUCAGUGGCUACAGCUGACCAUGUUUGCAUGAGCAGGGGUGAGGCCCCGGGCUGCGUUCCUCUCCCUCGUCAUCUGCCAAGCUCUGCCUUCCCACCACGCCUCGCCCGGCCACGCCAGCUGCAAGUGCCUUCCUCGGAGCGGGCAGUGGCCUCUGUCCCCUCACCUCCCAGCCGCCACGGUCCAUCUGCUCUGGGCAGAGCUGUGUGGCCCCCCCUGCUCCUCGGACCAUGGGCUCAGGUGGACGCCCCCAGCCCCUCCCGUCGCCAAGCCAGGAAGGCAGCUUUCGCUUGUUCCUGCCUCAGGGUGGGGCUCCUGGGGGCGCUGACAGCCCUGGCCUCCCAGCAUCUUAAUGUGUCCUCUGCCCUCACUCCAGAGACCAGCCACCUGGCCUUACCUGCGGACUUUAAACCAUAACCACUAGCUCUGCACCGUCUGUAUCAUAGUGUGCAGAGCCCCCUCCCAGCCGGGCCCCCUCCCCAGCGCUGGGAACGCCUGUCCCUUCCUGUGCAGAAGCCAACGUCCCCCUCUGCCCCACGGCCUGGGCCCCAGCCUUGUCUGCUGACCAGGAGCUGCCUGGCCCAGGGGGUGGUCAGGCCCUCCCUUCUCCCCUCCCUCCCUCCCUCCUUUUUUAUAUCGGUGACUUUAAAGGGGACUCUGGUACUGGUAUACUACUUAUGGGGGUGCCAGAGGCACCUGAGCCUGGGUGUGUGGGGGGGCUCGUGUUUCCAUGCAGAGAAACCUCAAAUAAUAAAGGAGAAAGGCCCCGU